AAGGGCAAAGGUUGGCUUCUCUAUGAACAUAUCUCACCACGAAUCUUUAUCACUCCUCUCUUUUAUUUCCUCUAUAUCUAUCUCUCUGUUUUCUUUACUUGUUGGAUAUGGGAGAAGCCGUAGAGAUCAUGUUUGGAAAUGGGUUCCCGGAGAUUCACAAAGACACCUCACCCAUUCAAACCCUCCUGUCUAACCAGAAGGACUGCCAUUGGUACGAAGAAACCAUCGAUGAUGAUCUCAAGUGGUCUUUUGCUCUCAACAGUGUGCUCCAUACAGGAACUAGUGAGUACCAAGAAAUUGCUCUUCUGGACACCAAACAUUUCGGCAAGGUGCUUGUGAUUGACGGGAAAAUGCAAAGUGCAGAGAGAGAUGAGUUUAUCUACCAUGAAUGUUUGAUCCACCCUGCCCUCCUUUUCCAUCCCAACCCCAAGACAGUGUUCAUAAUGGGAGGAGGUGAAGGCUCUGCUGCAAGAGAAAUACUAAAACACAAGACGAUCGAGAAAGUGGUCAUGUGUGAUAUUGAUCAGGAAGUUGUUGAAUUUUGCAGGAGAUUUCUGACCGUUAAUAGUGAAGCUUUUUGUAGCAAGAAGCUUGAACUUGUGAUCAAAGAUGCAAAGGCUGAACUGGAGAAAAGGGAUGAGAAGUUUGAUAUCAUAGUGGGAGAUUUAGCAGACCCAGUAGAAGGUGGACCUUGUUACCAACUCUACACCAAAUCCUUCUACCAAAACAUCCUCAAACCCAAGCUUAGCCCUAAUGGCAUUUUUGUGACUCAGGCUGGACCAGCAGGAAUUUUCACUCAUAAAGAGGUCUUUACAUCAAUCUACAACACCAUGAAACACGUCUUCAAGCACGUGAAGGCUUACACUGCACAUGUACCGUCAUUUGCGGACACAUGGGGAUGGGUGAUGGCAUCGGACCAAGAGUUUGAGGUCCAAAUGGAUGAAAUAGAUCAAAGAAUUGAAGAGAGAGUGAAAGGAGAGUUGAUGUAUCUAAACGCUCCUUCUUUCCUAUCUGCUGCUACGCUCAACAAGACCAUCUCUCUCGCGCUGGAGAAGGAGACAGAAGUUUAUAGCGAAGAGAACGCACGAUUCAUUCAUGGUCAUGGUGUGGCAUACCGGCAUACUUGAACAAGAACCGGUUUCAAUUUCAAGAUUAAUACCAUACCCAUGUUCACACUCAAGAACCAGUCUCCUUUUCUUCAUUGCUUGGGAUUUCGUUUGCUUGUUCCUCAAGUUAUUCCGGUUUAGUUUGUUUGAGAAACUAUGUUGCUUACUAAGAAACAUCUUCCUCAUCAAUAUAUUCGCUUUGUUAUUGGUAAUUGUCCACACCAAAUCUAGAAAUCAGAUUAUUUCACUUAA